CCAACCCUUGUAUUUACACAUAUUUGGUAGAUUUCCUUUUCCCAAUGGGUUUAGGAACUUGUAUAUAUAUCAUCGAUAACAUAUGAUUCUCAAAUUCAAUAUCGGCUAGGGAUGACGACGAGGAUGGCAGGAUUCGGCGAGGAAGAAAGUGGGAUCUCAGACAGUGAGAUCAUAGAGGGUUUUCUGCGGCCAAAGAUUGAAGGAGAAGCAGUGGCGAUUCCGGGAUUGAUAGUGGAAUUGGGGGAGGAGUUGUACACUCGAGAGCCAUGGCUCCUUCCGCAGACAGCCCAUCCCAUCCUUAACCCUCGAGAGUGGCUCUACUUGGGGAAACCGAAUCGAAAUAAUUUCCCCGUUGAUCACGAAGGGUGUUGGGUUCGCAUUGGAAGUGCCAUCUUGAUCCGAUCCGAGGAGACUGAUGAAAUAAUUGGGGGAACGUCGAGAUUCAGAUAUCGCUUCAGGAACAAGGGGGACAAACAUGCUCUGAGAUGUAAGGCUAGUCUUGACUUCUACUCACGUGUCCUGGGAAUGUCAUUGCUGAAAAGGCUUGAUUUCUCUGAGAUGAAAUUCAGCUUGUACUUCCUGGGCUACGAGGUAAAGAUUUUUUCUGUGACCCUUGGUUAGUUUAACUCUUCACGUGGAUCUUACAGAAACAAAAUGUGGAACUUUGCAGUUUGCAAAAAAAUAUUAGAGCACUUGAAAUUACGC